GGACUGAUUUUUUUGCCAGUGAAUCGCCACAGAUCUUUGUCGUCCCCAGAAAGUGCAGGCUGUUGCCAAACCAGCGUUUCACAGCUCAAGCUCGUCACAAUUUCCUGUGUGGUGUGCAACUUGUCAUUUUGAGCAGGUGGAGCUCAUACUCUCACACUCUUCUGGUACUUAAACCACAGAGCAAAUAAAUAGACCAAGUAUCCAAAUGUCAAACCCAGUGGUCACCCAUCAACCAGGUGCUGGCGGCUAUGGGACUAAUGUUCAAACAGGAGAGUGGAGCACAGGCUUGUGUGCCUGCUGCAGUGACUGUUUGGUCUGUGCCGUCGGUUGUUUUUGUCCACUGGCACUGAGCUGCUACACAGCAAAUAAGUAUGGUGAAAACUGCUGUUUGGGUUGCGUGCCUGGAGGCUUAACAGCCAUGAGGACUCACAUGAGAUUAACCUAUGGUAUUCAGGGAACAAUAUGCAACGACGCCUUGAUGAUCUUCUUCUGUGGACAUUGUGAAAUGUGCAGGAUGGCAAGAGAAAUCCGCAUCAGGAAUGGAGAGAUUUCACAGUAACAAGAGUUUUUCAUGAUGCUCAGCUAUUGUGGAAGUAACUUGUUUACCCAUGGAGCUUUCAUGCAAACCAAAAAAAGCAUUUAAUGAAGUAUGCAUUUAUGUGUGUAUUAAAUCUUUGGCCCUAACUUGCAAGAGCAAUUGUGUAUUAUUGUAAAUAAAGUGCAUUUUCAACAGGCA